AUUGUGUAAUGUAACUACAUUAGGCCAAUACAUUUAUUAGCUACCCAACUUCAAUCUUCCAUCAUCAAUAGGCUCAUUUAUUCACCUGUCAUAUUAAUUUUUUCUAGCUUAUAAAUUAUAAUGCACAUUAGAUCAAUGGCUUCAGAAAGAAAAAUGAAGAUGAAUAGUAGAGAAGUACUUUUUGUUAUCUUUGCAUUUGUGUUGUUGGCAUGGAGAGGGAAUGCACAAGAUGAUGCUAUUGUUCCAGCAAUCAUUACAUUUGGUGACUCUGCUGUUGAUGUGGGAAACAAUGACUAUCUUUACACUCUUUUCAAAGCUAAUUAUCCUCCUUAUGGAAGAGAUUUUGUUAACCAUAAACCUACCGGGAGGUUUUGCAAUGGAAAAUUAGCUACUGAUAUUACUGCUGAAACUCUGGGUUUUACGAGAUAUGCCCCUGCAUAUCUUAGCCCUCAAGCAACAGGAAAAAACCUUCUUAUUGGAGCAAAUUUUGCUUCAGCUGCAUCCGGUUAUGAUGAAAAGGCUGCUAUUUUGAAUCACGCGAUUCCAUUGUCGCAACAGUUACAAUAUUACAAGGAAUACCAAAGCAAGCUGACCAAGAUAGCUGGAAGAAAAAAGGCGGCAUCGAUUAUUAAAGGUGCAUUGUACAUAUUGAGUGGUGGAAGUAGUGACUUUAUUCAAAACUAUUAUACCAAUCCUUUAAUCAACAAAUUUGUUACUCCUGAUCAAUAUUCUUCAUACCUUGUGGAUACAUUCUCAAGCUUUGUUAAGGAUUUGUAUAAAUUGGGAGCUAGAAAAAUUGGAGUGACUUCACUUCCACCAUUGGGUUGUUUACCUGCUACAAGAACUUUAUUUGGAUUUCAUGAGAAAGGUUGUGUCACAAGAAUCAACAAUGAUGCACAAGGAUUUAACAAGAAAAUGAACUCGACCGCGGCAAAACUCCAAAAGCAACUUCCUGGUCUUAAGAUUGUUGUCUUUAAUAUUUUCAAACCUCUCUAUGACCUUGUUCAAUCCCCUUCAAAUUUUGGUUUCGCGGAGGCAAGGAGAGGCUGCUGCGGAACUGGGAUUGUUGAGACGACGUCCUUAUUGUGCAAUCCAAAAUCACUAGGAACUUGUUCUAAUGCAACUCAGUAUGUGUUUUGGGAUAGUGUCCAUCCUUCGGAAGCUGCUAACCGAGUUCUAGCCGAUGCAUUGAUCGAACAAGGCAUAAGCCUUAUCGGUUAAGGAUUCGUGGUGGUAAAUGUGAUGCAAAAGUUUGUUAUUUCUUUAGUGUUAAGAAAUCUGCAUCUUAUUAAAUAAAAUUUUAGAAAUUUCGUUGUAACUUGUUCAAGUAUAUGUACCAAAUUUACUUUCUUUUAUGUCUCCAAUUUGUUAAUAAAAACCAUUUUUUCCCUAGUGAAA